GGGAGGCACCCAAGAAACAAGAAUGUCUCUGGUGCAUUGUUCCUGAUAAAAUGCCCCCCUGGUGCCUGGAGGGGCUCAAGCAGGGUCCCUGCCACCCUCCACACUCACAGGUGUUACUGACUGUGCAAAGAAUGCAAGAAACCAGAGCAAGGUUAGGGGGGCUCCUCCAGCUGAUCAAGUCAAGCCAGUCUUCAGUGCCACAGGAUUUUUCUUCCAAGAAGAAGACAAAGGAAAGGCAGAGCACUCUUGCUUGCCUGGAGGUUUCUGCAUCUUCCAUCAGCUUGAGCUCUAAGCCUCUGUUGCCACUUCUGCCAUCAGCCUUUGUUCCUCCAGCUGAAAGUAGGAUGGGUGCUGGUAAAUCUCAGGGAACUUGCCAGACAUCCCCUGGCUGUAGGGUGCUGCUCCUCCCACCUGGACAUACAAGAUGGGGGAAGGAAACGUCUCUUCCAUGUUGACCAAACCUCUUCCCCUUGGAGCCUGGUUAGUCAGAAGAAAAUUCUUCCUCUCCCCUAAUGUCUUCAUUGCAGGACUUUGUUAGGUUUGUAUGCACAUUCCCAUCUCAAAUAGAAGGUAGGCCAUGAAGGCAGGAACUCCCUGUUCUUUCAGGAACAAAAGCAGAGUGGGCACAUGCUGGGCUGUGACUGCAGGGGGAACAAACAGCCAAGUUGUUUAGACAAACCUCAUUGGACAGAGCAGUUUUCUCUGAGGUGCUGCAAGUCCUAGGAGUUUAUAAAAUGUGAUGCCAUUAGUAAUGAGUUGCAUGCUUCCCUUUAGGCUGAUUCUGUCUCUGGAGGAAAAGAGCAUGGAUCUCAGAAUGCUGGAACAAAGGAACCUGGCGCUGAACAAUCAGCUGUCUCAGUUUCAUUCUGCUCUUCAGCAGGCUGAACUGGUCUCUUCAAGCCGUGCAGGACAACUGCAGCAGCUCAACACCCAGAUCCAGGCCCUGCAGGAUGCAGUGACAGAGAAGGCAGCUCAGCAGGACACUCGAGAGAAGGAGCUGCUGCAGGAGCUGGAAAAGUCCCGAGCAGGAGAACAGAGCUUGAGGGACGCUGUGCAUGUGCUGCAGGUUGAGAUGUCUGAGCUGCGUCUGAGGCUCCAGAGCUCUGAGGAAAGAGCAGAGGCCAUGGCCACACACUGUGAGGCCAUGGAGAUGGAGCUGAGGAUGGCUCAGGCUGACAACAACCAAAUCAAGGCCUGCAAACAGGAGCUGCAGACACUGUUGGAGGAAACUCAGCAAGCAAUAUGGAGGGCAGAACAGCAGAAGACCUCUCUAGAAACUGCCUUGAAGGAAGAGGCUGUGACUGUUCGUCAGGAGGUGGCAUCACUGCAGAGGAAACUGGAGAGCCAGGAGAAGGAAAGGCAGGAUGUGCUGCAUGAACGGGAAUUGUAUGAGGGGAAGAUGAGAGAUCUGGAAAAGAAGAUAGAAGUGCAUGGACCUACGAUGAGAAAUCAUAAGGGAAGCACUCAGCAAUUGGAAGUGGAGAGGGAAGGCAUGCAGGAAGAUUUGGAGCGUGGGGCUGCUGCUUUGGAGAAAUGGAUACAGAACACUCAAGUCCUGAGUGAUUCACCGAGGAAGAGUGAAAUUGCCAAAGGUUCUCUGAAGAAACACGUGGACAUCCUGACGGGAAAGAGGAAGAGUGAAAUUGCCAAAGGUUCUCUGAAGAAACACGUGGACAUCCUGACGGGAAAGACCUGUAUCCAGGUGGGUACAGGCUCUGACCUUCAGUCCACUCCAAUGACCAUGAAGGAUUCCAGUGAUAUUUCCCAUAAAGAAGUGGGACUCUAUAUCCCU